GCAUAGCAUAAUCCGUUGUGAAUGAGAUUGUGGAUUGUGAGUGUACUCGUGCUUACACAGCUUCUCCAUGGAGCUCUCUCUUGGGGGAAGGAUGGUCACUACACUGUCUGCAAAAUAGCUGAAGGAUACUUUGAGGAUGACACUAUUGCUGCAGUGAAGAAACUUCUGCCUGAAUCUGCUGAUGGUGAUCUAGCUGAUUUUUGCUCAUGGCCUGAUGAAAUUAAAAAACUCUCGCAAUGGCAAUGGACUAGCGCUUUGCACUAUGUUAACACUCCUAAAGACAGAUGCAACUACGAAUAUUGUCGUGUGUUAUCUUUUCCUCCAUCUUCAUACAUGUUUCUGUUUCCAUUGAAUAUGUAUCUGCUAAGUUCAACUCUAUGUCCUUUUGUCUUCUGUGAAGGGGACUGCCAUGACACUCAUAAGCAUAAAGGCUGGUGCGUGACAGGAGCAAUCUUCAAUUACACAAAACAAUUAAUGUCUGCUUCUGAAAACUCACAGAAUAUUGUCCACUACAACUUGACAGAGGCUCUCUUGUUCUUAUCACAUUAUAUGGGAGAUGUUCAUCAGCCCUUGCAUACUGGUUUUCUUGGAGAUCUAGGUGGUAACACAAUAAUAGUCAACUGGUACCAUAACGAAACAAAUUUGCACCAUGUCUGGGAUAACAUGAUAAUUGAGUCUGCUCUAGAAACAUACUACAAUUCAAGCCUUCCACGCAUGAUUCAAGCCCUUCAAGCCAAACUCAAGAACGGCUGGUCAAAUGAUGUUCCGUCGUGGAAGUCAUGUCACUUUCACCAAAAGGCCUGUCCAAAUCUGUAUGCUUCUGAAAGCAUUGAUCUCGCCUGCAAGUAUGCUUACAGGAACGCUACUCCAGGGACUACUUUAGGAGAUGAGUAUUUCCUAUCUCGGUUACCCGUUGUAGAGAAGAGACUUGCACAAGGUGGGAUUCGCUUGGCAGCGACUCUUAACCGUAUCUUUUCUGCAAAACCGAAGCUCGCUGGAUUAUGAAAGUAAGAAAAAGAUCUUAGAGAAUCCACUUGGAUCAUCCAAGAACAACUCUUUUAAGUGUUUUUUAAACACUGUGAAUGGUUGAGUGAACCUCCAAAAGUCUCUCUCAUUCUUCUUUUCCAUAUAUCUUAGCAUUAAACAUUUACCAAACAAUAACAAAGCACAGUACUAGCU